ACUCCCGUUCUCAAGAAAUGUGUCAUUGUGUUUUGACGUUUAAUUUAUUUACCAAACCAAAACAAGAAAUUUGGUAGAAAGAACCCACAAAUAUUAGCCGAACCGUGCCCACAUUCGAAACAUUUCCACCCAGAACCUACGCCUCGAGCAUUUGCGCAACCUUGUGCCACCUGUUACCGCAAUACCACCCCGCACUGCUUCCAGGUGAUGAGAUGCUCAUGAUCCACGAUGAACACGGCAUCCACUCAAGAUAUAGUCAUCGAGGUCUUGCAGAGGGCUUCGAGCCAAAGCCCUGAAGUCCUGAAGCCGGCGGAAGCCAAGUUGCGCGAGUGGGAGACGCAGCCUGGCUUCUACACAGUUUUAUUCAAUGUGCUGUCUAAUCAAUCCCUCGACGUAAACGUCCGCUGGAUGGCGGUUUUGUACAUAAAGAACGGCAUAGAUCGGUACUGGAGGCGGAAUUUACCAAACGCGAUUUCCGAGCCCGAGAAGCAGAACAUCAAGCAAGGUCUAAUUUUGAACUUCAGCGAGCCCGUUAGUCAAAUCGCGGUCCAGAGGGCCGUGCUUAUAUCAAAAAUCGCACGUAUAGAUUGUCCAAAAGAAUGGCCCGAGUUGUUUCCGACGCUGCUGCAAGCGAUCGAAAGCCCCGACGCCUUGAUCCAGCACAGGGCUUUCCUGACCCUUUAUCACGUGGUCAAGGCGAUCGCUUCGAAACGCUUAUUGGGCGAUCGCCGCUUCUUCCAGGAUUUCACAAGCAAUAUUUAUUCGUUCGUGCUUAACUUGUGGAACAGCUUCACGGAGUUGUUUUUGAGUGACGUGAUGCGAGGGGCCAGUACGCAGAUAAUCCUAGCGAAUUUAGAGAAGGCGUUGCUGACGUUGAGGAUCCUGAGGAAGUUGACGGUGUUCGGGUUUUAUCGACCACACCAGAACCAGGAUUGUAUGAGGUUUUUGAAAGUUAUUUUCGAUAGGGCCAAAAUCGUUCUUCAGUGUCGUAAGCAACUAAGGGACAAAGAGACCAUCGAGCUGUGCGAGAAAUUCGUCACCCACUUGACGAAAGUUUUAAUUUCAGUUCUCGACACGCACCCAUUUUCGUUUAUCGAUUUUAUCCAGCCGUCGUUGGAGUUUACGACUUAUUUCCUCUUCACUCCAGACGGGAUUAAUUUUUUGUUUGAGCGUUUUAUUAUACAGUGUUUUAACCUAAUCAAAAAUAUUCUUUUGUGUGUGGAGUAUAAGCCACCGAAAAUUCCCGAGAUGUGUAAACAGCAGGAGACGCUGCGAGCUAACGAGAUUAAGAUUAAUUUUUUCCAAGCUAACACUUUGACUGAGAUAUGUAGGAAGUUGGUUUCGCACUAUUUUAUUUUGACGCAAGAUGAGCUGGAAAUGUGGGACGCGGAUCCUGAGACUUUCGCGAUCGACGAGAGUGGUGAUAGUUGGAAGUAUAGUUUGAGGCCUUGUAUGGAGACUGUUUUCGUGACGAUAUUUCACGAGUUCCGGGACGCUUUGGCUCCAGUUUUGAUAGAGAUGGUGCACGAGACUAAUUGUAUUGUUUCGCCGGACGAUACGCAGGGGAUUUUACGUAAGGACGCCGUGUACAAUGCAGUUAGUUUGGCGGCUUUUGAUUUGUAUGACGAAAUCGACUUCGAUCAGUGGUUCACAAACACCCUGACGCAGGAACUGAAGGUGAAGCACACCAACUACAGGGUAAUCCGUCGACGAGUGUGCGCCCUAAUCGGCCGCUGGACCGGCAUAAAACUGUCGCCCGAGCUGCGACCCGCUCUCUACGAGUGCAUCAUAACCCUCCUCGGACCCGACGAAGACAUGGCUGUGAGAUUGACCGCUUCGUCGACGCUGAGGCACGCGAUUGACGACUUCGAGUUCAACUCGGACCAGUUCCGGGACUACCUCGACUCGGCGUUCAACCUGCUGUUCAACCUCCUCAAGGAGGCCAACGAGUGCGAGACCAAGAUGCACGUGCUGAACGUGAUGACACUAAUGGUGGAGAGGGUGGGCCAGACGAUAAAGCCCCACACCGACGCGCUGAUCCACUACCUGCCGCUGCUCUGGACGGAGUCGGAGGACCACAACAUGCUGCGAUGCGCCAUCGUGUCGACGCUGGUCCAGCUGGUGAAAGCUCUAGGGUCGGUCAGCUCGGAGCUGAACCCGUUCUUGCUGCCGAUCAUCCAGCUGGGGACAGACACGAACCAGAGCGCCAUCGUGUACUUGUUGGAGGACUGCCUGGAGCUGUGGUUGACGGUGCUGGAGAACUCGACGGCGAUGUCAAACGAGCUUUUGCAGCUUUUUAAUAACAUGCCGGCGCUGCUAGAAUAUUCAACUGAGAAUUUGAGGCUUUGCUUAUUAAUCGUCUUAGUUCACACGCUGCUGGCGCCAGAUUUAGUCAUGAGGACGCACGGGGUGCAAGUGAUCACCGUUUGUGAUAAUUUGAUGGGAGAUAUGAAGAAUGAGGGGAUCGUGAUGCUGAUAAGGAUGUUGGAGAUUUUUAUAAGGUCGUCGCCGAUUUUAGGGUGCGAGACGGUGUUCCCUAUUUUGCCGAGGAUAUUCCAGAAAAUCUACGAAGGCGAGGACUACCCCCUCCUCAUGUCCAUGUACCUUUCAAUUCUCUCUCGAGUCUUGCUAUCCUCGCACGACGUCUUCACCCGAGUGCUACGAACCCUGGCGCAAGUCCACAACGAGACGGACGAGGUGGUUCUGGGCAAAAUCCUCAACGUUUGGCUAUCAAAAAUGCCAAUGGUCUCGCAGUUGGAGCAGAGGAAACUCUUAGGUUUAGCGUUGACGAAUCUGUUGACGACACAGAGCAGGCCUGUGUUCGAACGAUUCGGAACUGUGAUGGUCAACAUUCUGGAGUGUCUGAACGACAUGGAAGACUCGCUUUUAGUGGCGGACGGACGCAGUCCCAGCAGCUACGAGGACGCCGACGGCUACGAAACCGACCACGAUCAGAGAAAAAAGCAGCUGAUUUUGUCGGAUCCCGUGCACACGAUAGUUUUGAAGGACUAUCUGCAGUCGCAGAUGUACGAGCUUAGGAAUCAGAUCGGGCUACAGCACUACGAGCAGUUGCUACAGACGGUGGACGCCGACACUAUAUCGCAGUUGAAGAGUUACAUCACUUUGUGAAUAUUCUACUAGAUUUAUAAAAUAUUGAAUUGGAGUUGUAUUUUGGCAAUAUUUUUUGUUAUAUUUUUUAUAACAUUUACGCCGUUUUUAUCAUACGGUUCACUAAUUUUCGAACUGGUGAGUUGAGGAGCGACUUUAGAAGUUACGUUUUAUUCCCUGGUUUCAUUUAAAACAGUUCCAAAUCGAAUCUAAAUACAUGUAUAUGAUUGUAUCAUUAAAAUGUAAUAAAACUGUUACAAUCUG